AGAGUGAAUCGGUUUUACACCUCAGUGAUCGCAACUGCAGCUACUCAUACGUGCUCAUUUCAUCAAAGCGCCCCUUUCCGCGCUUUGUUUCGUGGAUCAGCUGUGCAUGGACCUAAAACCCCACCCGAUUAGGAAGGAACGAAGGGGGGAAAAAGCAAUAAUGACCACAAGAAAAUAAGAGGCUUUAAAAAAACUAACAUUCUGUAAGGCGUCUAAUCAAAACACCGCCGUUUAUAUUGCGACCCUUGAGGACUGAAACGGGUCACAUCUUCGCAUUCCUCCCAUCUGAUAGCGGCGGCGAAGACAUCCAGUCAGUUGAUAUUUUGCUACCCUAGCCACUCUCUCAAGAUGAUAGCCCUUUUUAACAAGCUGUUGGACUGGUUUAAACAGCUAUUUUGGAAGGAGGAGAUGGAGUUGACACUGGUCGGUCUGCAGUAUUCGGGGAAAACCACCUUCGUCAACGUAAUAGCGUCAGGACAGUUCAGUGAGGACAUGAUCCCUACAGUGGGCUUCAACAUGAGGAAGAUCACCAAGGGCAACGUCACCAUUAAGCUGUGGGAUAUCGGGGGUCAGCCUCGAUUCCGGAGCAUGUGGGAGAGAUACUGCAGAGGAGUCAGUGCCAUUGUUUACAUGGUCGAUGCUGCAGACCCAGAGAAGAUUGAGGCCUCGAAGAAUGAACUACACAACCUCCUAGACAAACCCCAGCUACAGGGGAUCCCAGUACUGGUUUUGGGGAACAAAAGAGAUAUUACGGGUGCCUUGGAUGAGAAGGAGCUGAUUGAAAGGAUGAACCUGUCAGCCAUCCAGGACAGAGAGAUCUGCUGUUACUCAAUCUCCUGCAAGGAAAAAGACAACAUUGAUAUCACACUACAGUGGCUGAUCCAGCAUUCCAGAACCAGGAGGACAACAACAUGAGGCCUCAACUUACUGGAUGACCCCUCCUCCUCCCCCCUGCAGGACCACAACUCCAAGACCAACCGUACCCCUCCUUCUCAUCUGCUCUCUCCUCUCCCCCUCCUUUCCCUCCGCUCCUCCCUUCUCUCAUCGCUCUUAUCCAUUUCUAGUCCCUUCGUUUCACUCCUACCCUCUUGGUAUACACAGAUCUGAGAGGAUUGGAUAGGUGUGAGCAAUAUGGCCGAAUAUGGAGCCAUCACCACAAUGCUUCUUCUCGGAUCUGCGUACAUGGAAUGAGUAGAGGCUAAGAGAAGGGGCUGUCCUGUCAUCUUCAGGUCACCUUCCUUUUUCUUUUCUUUUUUAGCUAUCUGAGAUCCAUACAUUUUAUUCUUUAAAACCCCC